AUGGCAAAGAAGGUGGCAGUGAUCGGAGCCGGGGUCAGCGGCCUGGUCUCGCUGAAGUGCUGUGUGGACGAGGGGCUGGAGCCCACUUGCUUUGAGAGGACAGAAGACAUCGGUGGGCUGUGGAGGUUCAAGGAAAACGUAGAAGAUGGCCGAGCAAGUAUCUACAGAUCCGUCAUCACCAACACCAGCAAGGAAAUGUCCUGUUUCAGUGACUUUCCCAUGCCUGAAGAUUUCCCAAACUUCCUACACAAUUCCAAACUUCUGGAAUAUUUCAGGAUUUUUGCCAAAAAGUUUGAUCUUCUAAAAUACAUCCAAUUCCAGACGACCGUCCUCCAUGUGAAAAGACGCCCGGAUUUCUCAUCCUCUGGCCAGUGGGAAGUUGUCACCCAGAGCAGCGGCAAGGAGCAAAGCGCCAUUUUUGAUGCAGUCAUGGUUUGCAGUGGCCAUCACAUCCUGCCCCACAUGCCCCUGCAGUCCUUUCCAGGUAUCGAGAGGUUCCAAGGCCAGUAUUUCCAUAGCCGGCAAUACAAGCGCCCAGCUGGAUUUGAGGGCAAACGCAUCCUGGUGAUUGGAAUUGGAAACUCGGCCUCGGACAUUGCUGUUGAGCUGAGCAAGGAGGCUGCGCAGGUAUUUAUCAGCACCAGAAAAGGCUCCUGGGUCUUGAGCCGAAUCUCUGAAGAUGGUUAUCCUUGGGACUCUGUGUUCCACACUAGAUUCAGCACCAUGCUCCGGAAUGUUCUGCCACGGGCCAUUGUCAAAUGGAUGUGGGAGCAACAGAUGAAUCGGUGGUUCAACCACGAAAAUUAUGGUCUUCAGCCUCAAAACAAAUACCUCCUGAAAGAACCCGUCCUGAAUGAUGACCUCCCAAGCCGCAUACUCUACGGAGCUGUCAAGGUGAAACCCAGGGUGACGGGGCUCACCGAAACCUCUGCCAUUUUUGAGGAUGAGACGGUAGAAGAGGACAUCGAUGUCAUUGUCUUCGCCACAGGAUACACCUUCGCUUUCCCUUUCCUGGAAGAGUCCCUCGUCAAGGUGGAGGAUAACAGGGUCUCGCUGUAUAAAUACAUGUUCCCCCCGCAGCUGGAGAAGGCCACCCUCGCGUGCAUAGGUCUCAUCCAGCCCCUGGGGUCCAUCUUCCCAACCGUUGAGCUCCAGGCACGCUGGGCGACACGCGUUUUCAAAGGCUUGUGCAGCUUGCCCACAGAGAAGACCAUGAUGGAGGACAUCGUCACCAGGAAUGAAAGAAGAAUUGACCUGUAA